CGCGAAUGUUGUGAUCGCUAACCUUUUGUGUUCGCCCUGAACACGGCUGUGAUCACCGGACAAAUUCCGGAUAAGCUCCAAGCUACCCGUGUACACGAGCUGUGCGAGCUAUGGUGGAUCGACUGAGGACCAUAUUACAAGCAGAUCAUAGUUUUCACGGCGCCGAUUUUAUUUUAUUACGACAGAACCGUACUGGCGAAAAUGCCCCUGACGCUGGAACGUCGAAGGAAAGAGGACAAAGAGGACAAAAAGAAGGAAAAAGAACGGAAAAAGGAAGAAAAGAAAGAAAAGAAGAAAUACAAAACAAAGAAUGAGGAGUUCAUGGAUAAGAAGAUCGAUGAACUCAGUAAACAGCUGGUGGAGGAAAAACAAAAUACAAGAAGGGAGAAGCUAGCCGUGGCUCGCCUUCAUCGAGAGCUGACAACAGCAAAGUCUGAGCUGCCAUCGAGAGAAAGUCUAAUGAAGGACUUAAUGCAAGAACGAGAGUUGCGAUUGGAAGCGGAGAAAAGGCUCCUGGAAAUGACAAAAGAAAGCGAGACAUGUCGGACGAGACUGGAGACAUUACAGGAAGAGUUUGAUAAAAUGGAGGAGGCUGUCAAAGGGAUGUUGCAAUACAAGACAAAAAUUGAACAACUCAAGAUUGAAAAAUCAAAUUUUAUAUUAGCAUAUGAGAACAAUUUACAGAAAUAUCGAACACACAUCAGUAAUUUGGAAAAAGAAAAUACAUCUUUGAUGACAGAAUUCCAAAAUAGGGAGACAACGGUGAGUGUAGCUGAAACUAUUAUUGCCAUGACAACAUUGAAUCAUGAAGAGAAUCGAAAAGAGAAGUCUUUGUUGCUUGAAAGAUUACGUGCCUUAGAAAAUGAAAACUCGUCACUGGUGCUAGAGAAUGAGACCCAAAGAGAUCAGUAUGAACGAUGCCUUGAUGAGGUUGCUAAUCAGGUUGUACAAGCUCUACUGAUGCAGAAGGAUUUGAGAUCAGAAUGCAUCAAAUUACAGAACCGAGUUCAUGACCUUGAACAACAAAACAGAAUGUUAAAUAUGAUGUUUGAGAAGGAAAGACAAAUGCAUACAAACAGAGACUCAUCAUCUGUCCAGACUUACUCAAGUAAGCGAAGUCGAGGGAAAGUGGGAUCAGGUGACCAUCAUUCAGCUACGAACACCGAAAACAGUAUUAAUCCAACUACCUCCAUCGCAGCAUCUCAGGCUUUAUAUCGGAUCCCUGGUGCUACCGGUAGUAACCAAUCCUCUCCUGGUAGUCAACAACGAACGCUAAAUAGUAAAAGUAUUGCCUGUCGGCCAGCGUUAACUCGCAACGAUAGUAUUAGCAGUAUUGAGCUCAACACACAUAGUAUGGAGUCUUUGCAAAGUAUUCACUCCAAUCACAACACCUAUGCAUAUCCUAGUAUGUCAACCAUGCCACAUGGUAAAUCAUCUUCAUCUAAAAACAGAGCUCUUGUGAACGGGGAUUUGUAUAGUUAUAACCAAACGGAUAUCACAUCAACGAGAAAUGCGUUCUCACUGGAUAGAUAUAGCAAUGGUAACCAUGGAUCAUUAAUAAAAGAAACCUCCACAAUGGUGGACAUGUUUGCACACUAUGGUAGGCCAGACAGACUUUACCCACAAUACAACGGUGCUCAACAGGAACUAGCUGAGGAACGGAUGUAUCAAGCGAGUGCAUUGCGAAAUGGAUAUUUAGUUAGUGGUGCACAAAAUCAAAAUUUGAGCUCGGAAAUGCCAAUUAAGCUACGAGAAACAUUCAGACAAUUUCACAAAGAAAGUCUGCAGACGGAGAGUCUGAUUAAAUCGCACGUUUAUAUAAAACCACAUGAUUUUAUGGACAAUGUUCAAAUGACGCAUAGUACGAAACAGUCUACGCAGGAUAUACAUGUACCUGUAUGUAAUGGACAAUCUGCAGAUAAAUACCAUCUACCGUUUACGCGUGCACCAUACGAGACAGCUCAGAGUGUGCUCAAAGAAAUUCAUGAUGCGACGGCAAAUGUGAAAAGCUUUGAAAGUUUGAUUGCGUCUGAUUCUAAACCUUGUAAGACUCCAGGAAAUGUACCAAGACUGGAACGGAGCUCGGAAAAUAAAAGUUAUGAGUCAAUAACAACGGAAGAGUCUGAACUUAAGGGGCUUCUUGACACUAAUAGCAGCGUUCUUAGUAAUGAUAGCUGGGAUGGUGGACAAGAUAUUCCAAUGCUUCUUGGAGAAAGAAUUAAAUUGUUUCACUCAAUGAUUGAUGGACAGCAAGUAACUCAGCCUUUGUAUAACCCUAGACCGAAUCAGGAAGAACCCAUCGCUAAGGGUGAAUUUCAAAGUUCAAAUGAUUCACCAAGUCAUUGUAUUGAUGUUGAACGUGACUGUUUCAAAGGUCAGAAUUCAUUAAAUAUAGAUGGGUAUGAAAGUUCAGAGGUCAAAACAAGUAAAGAAAAAGUUUUUGUUUCACCAUGGAGGCGAGACACAAAAGCACCAAUGAUCUCCAGUGCAGAGGAAACAAACACUAGUGCCUUUGUACCAUAUACCUCUGUUCUAAAAAAAGUGGGCGUUGAUGAUAAAAGCAAAUGUUUGCGUAAAGGGUCACAAACUGUGGUCAGUGUUGAGCCUUCAAGGAGAAUGCCUGACCAGUUAGAUAAUGUGUGGUCAAAAUCUGAAGGUCAGGGAUCAAACUGUUUAAAAUCAGGUGACAGGUCACAUGACCUAGCAGUAAAACAGUCUGAUGAGGAAUUAAUUGUAGAUGCCAAUGUAAACGUUCAUGAAAAUGUUCAGAAGCAAACACAGAUUGAGACACCAUCUGAUAGGAAAUCUCCACACAUAGACAGUGAUAUGGACUUUGUUACUAAAAAAGAACUCCUGUUGUAUAUGAAAAAAAAAAGAGAAAAGGAAAGUUUGAAGGAAACUAUUUCUGACAAAUCUCAAAUCAGUUACAAUAGCACUACCUCUAGGAACUUAACUUCUGACUAUGACGACCACAAGAAACAUAAUGAUGUCAAACCGGAAAUUGUGAAACAGGCUUCUCUGAGUGAAACGUACAGUGGCAGUGAAAGUUUGAGUGUGGAAGAGAAAAGACAGCUGUUUCGGAGGUUUCCCAGGAAAAGCUUGAAACGAAAACUUGACUCUGACGGCGAGGAAAAAAUGUUGAACCCCGAAAAAUUUCCAAACUCAGGACAAACCUUCGAGCUUAUCAAUGGAGCUACAGGGAAGAAACCAACCCGACCUAAAUCCGAAUCUAAUCUUUUAUCAGAUAGCACAUCAUCUACAGUGUUCCAGUUUCCUCCAUUGGAUCGUGCGCCAGAAUUUAAAUUUACAUCGGAAGACGUGUUCUGGAAGGAUGACUCACUGCUGGAUCCUGAACCUAAGGAUUUAACCUUGCUGAAUUUGUCCCCAAGGCUGUCUCUUAAAAGUGCACCAUUACGGAGAACGCCAUGUUUGAUAUUGGCCAAUGGUAGAAACCCUGAUGUGGAACAUGUGAAAGAGGUGAAAGUUCAACCGAAUGAUUCCAGUCACAAAGUAAAAGUCAGCACAGGUUAUCCCUGUAUUCCUGCCAGGACAACGCUUGCCCUUGCUUCUAGCAAGAGUCUGUCCGUGGAGUCAUUGACCUCUCUCAACUCAGUGGAUUCGGGCGGGUCGGCUAAUAUGAGCGUCCGGAGCAGUAUUAGUAGAAAAUCAGCAACGCCAUUGAGCGAGUUCUUAUCAGAUUCUGAUGACGAUUUGGAGGACAUGACAGACUUUGCUGAUUUAUGGAAGAAGCGACCGGUGGCACCGAUGAAAAUUACGGAAUGGAAACCGUCAAAAACAGCAGAAGAAGUCAAACUGAAGGUGAAAAGAACUAAUUCGGGUGAAAAACAAAUAAAAGAAAAUCUUACACAUGUUGUUGAUGUCAGCAGUAAUCUGAAAGUGGAUAACUCUGAAGCCCAGUGGCGAACGGCAUUCCCACUUCCUAACAGAACAUCAUCACCCGAAUUGAAGUGUUAUAACAUACACGAUGAAACGACAGGGAAUGGCAGUGAUUGUAAAAGUGGAUCAGAUCCUGGGUUGCAAGCCAAAGUCGUUGAACUCUCUCCUGUCAAGGUUGUUGAUCUGCCGGAUAAGAACGGGAAAGUAUGGAAUGUUGCGGAUGAAAGCAGUUUUGAUCCGAGUGAGAUUAAGGAUAUGGGCACCGAGAAAUCAGGCAAAACGGAUCCUAAACAUGUUAAGGAAAAUUACAAUGCUACUAGCGCUAAAAUUGAGGAAUUACGCAAAACUGAUUUACCGAAUGGUGAAAUACAAUCUUUGGAUGACACAGUGAUUUUAACGAGACCAACAACGUUAUUUAUUCCAAAGACACGACCACGAACACUACGGCCAUAUGACUAUAAGAUGUUUCUAAGGGACGACUGCACUGGAAAACCGGCCAUUAUGUAUGAUGUUAGUCAUAGAGGAGUAGAGAUAAAACAAACUGUCAAACGCUCAUCAACACCGGGUGUUGUGCAUACAGGAAAUAAAAAAAAUAUAGGAAAGAAACAACAAACAUCAAAUCUAACAAUCAUUAAUUUUGACCAGAAUACUGGCUUGAGGAAAAAUGAGCCAAGACCCACUCUCAUGAGGUGUGUGUACCAUGAAACAGAGAAUGGGAAACCCGUCCAGUUAGGAGCUGUAUCAACCAACCAUUUUGCCAUGUCUAUAGACGAUGUUCCGUUUAUUGAUGAUGGGAGUGGUCAGGACAGUGAUUCGUUUAAAACUCCAGAGGACUUUGCACAAGCUAAAAAAAAGAGAUGUCCCGCUGCUGUAGCUAGGCAGAAUGUAUCAGCGGUGAAACAAGUCAGUCAUGCUGUUUCAAAAGUGCCGAUACCAAUAAGGGAAGAAACACAACCACAAUUUCAAACUGAAAUUAACGUGCUUCAAAAGACUUCUCAUAAAAGACGUGAAUCAGAUUCACAUCAAGAGAACAUCUCUGUCAGAGUGUCAGCGCAUCCUGUUCAUAGCUUUUCAGACGUAGAUUUACGAACUGAUAAAACUGAAGUAGCAAAAUCAAAAUUGAGUUUGUCAUUUGAUGAGCUGUCUGAAAAACAUACUCAAACCAACGGUACGUGGCAUGAACCCGAUGAUGAGGAACCAAGAGUAGGAAGCCAAGAGCAGUUGCAUGAUGGGAAAGCUGUGUGGGGUAGAAUUGACAUCAGAGACGGUUGCCAGGCACCCAUUGUAAAUGCUGAGUUGUUGGAGGACUUUGAAGGUGCAGAUAUGUAUGAUGAUGAUGAUAUUGAGAGUGCUGGAGAAGACCCUGCUCAACUGGAUGCCAAUGAGAGAGCGAACCUCUUGGAUUCCUUCUUUCAAAGUGAUAGUGAUGAUUCACUGAGUGGCAGUGAAGACACCGAUGACAGCCAUCCUGCGGAAGAUGCUUUCCUCCGGUUGCUAGGAGACAAAGGUAAUAAAAGACAAGUUUUGAGAUAUUCGGUGAGUAACCGACCGUCAAUUCUGGAUAUCAACCUUCAAGACGUGUUCACUAGAUACGAAGAAAAAGAAAAAGAAGCUAUGUCUUGUUUUGACUUCCUGGAUAAGUUAAUUGAAGAAUUAGAAGAUGACUAUACUGAACCAAAUGAAAAUCAUCUGAAGAAUGGAAAUAAGAUCAGCCAGACUAACAUUGUUGUGGAGGAUGUUAUCUGUGAAUGUGAGAGUGACGACGAAAGGAAGCAGUACACCUGA